AUUGUUUUCCAAAUCAUUAUAUUAUAUUCACUUAAUAUCAAACUCUAUUCGUGUGAUUGUAUCACUACUUAACUUUUAGUUCAAUCAAACAUUUGAUUAUUAGUCCAAAACCCGGUGUCAAUCGGCGUUUAAAAGUAUCACUAAAAAGUUUUGCUAAACUUUCUCGCAAAUCAACUUUUAUUUAUUAAAUUAAAAAACUUUGACAAAAGUCAUCAUCAGAUAUAACGUCAAUUCAUAGACAGUUUGUGUGCAAUACUGUAUUUAAUUUAUUAAGAUGUCAUCCCAAUCACCUCAUCAUCGCGUGUCUACCCAUCAGCAACACUAUCACAACAACAGUCCGACCACAACAUUGAGUGAAGACGACAGCAAUUCAGAACCAAAUGAUCUCAGGACUAACCCAGAGAAGAUUCGUCAUCACAGCGCCGCCACAUUCCCGGGCUAUCCCUUCUUCGGGACGGGUCAACACAAUUCAGGGUCGAUGCCAUCGCAACACUCGCAGCACUCGUCGGGACAGCAAUAUGUGGCCACCAAUGAGUGUCGUCUCAUUGAAUAUCGUGGGGCUCGUAUCGCAGCGUUUCUCAGUGCUAACAGAUCCCAGUGCUCUGAAUAUCUAUUAUGUUUACCACAAGCUUUCGAGUUGUUUUUGAAACACUUGGUCGGAGGUCUUCACACAGUUUAUACUAAACUCAAACGUUUAGAUAUAGUGCCGAUUGUAUGCAAUGUAGAACAGGUGCGAAUCCUAAGAGGUUUGGGCGCUAUUCAGCCGGGAGUCAACAGAUGUAAAUUGCUGUCAACUCAAGACUUUGAUGUCCUAUACAAAGACUGCACGACUGCCAGUUUAUAUAUAAAUUAA